AUGUCUGAUAAUGCAAGACAGUCUCUCCGGCGUCCAGCGUCGUCGCAGUGCAGCCUCCCCAUCGUCCUCGUUUCGCGUCCUGCGGCAGGAGUGCCGAGGAAUGCGGCCGCUGCUAUGGGCGCCUGUCUCUGCAUUCUCAAGCGAAAUACUAUUCACGAACGCUUCCCGGCCAAUACAUCGGCACUCGCGUCACCGACACCGAGGGCGCCUCCGUGGCUUCUAUUAUGCCCAAUUGUUCCUUUACUUGAUUUGGCCGCCCCGAAAUGGAACUGGAAGCAGCAUCCGGAGCCACCAUUCAUGCCCGAAGUGUCGCCCUUCACGCCAAUCUGGCCACACCAGGACGCUCCGCCACCGAUAGUCUCUUACCCAGACCUGAUAGCCGGAUUUCCGUGCUCAGAUUUGGGUCAGCGUCUGUCCCCACGAAGUGGUCAUCCAGCACCCAAUGGCUCCACCAAAAAGACCCGACGGCGCGUAGCUUCCCUGGCACAGCGUCGAGCCGCCAACAUUCGCGAGAGACGAAGGAUGUUCAAUCUCAAUGAGGCUUUCGAUAAGCUCAGACGAAAGGUGCCAACAUUCGCUUACGAGAAGCGCCUGAGUCGCAUUGAAACUCUCCGACUGGCCAUCACUUACAUCAGCUUCAUGACGGAACUGCUGAACGGAAGUCCCGCCGGCCAUGAGACUCGCUCGCCGGACAUGUAUCCACCGCACCUCACGCACGCCCACGUCCACCCGCCACUGCAGAGGGACUACCUGUCGACCUACGGCGGUCACAGCGGGUAAGAAGGGCACCUCUGAGUAUGCAAAUCAGGUCGAUUUCCCACCAUCAUUCAACAUCAUAAGCGCUCAAUCAUUCUUCUUCCACAUUGUAAAUCGUUUCAGUUGUUAAUAAAGAGAUUAAUUAACACAGAACAGUUGAACUGCAGCAACGUCAAUC